AUAGCCGCAGCUAGAGCGAGUGAAAGCGGGGCCCGGCGGCGCGUUGUGUGUGAGUCUGCAGGUAGCGGCCGGCCGAAGCCAGUCCAGUGGGGCAGCAGAGCGCAGCGCAGCCACAGCACGGUGCAGCGGUUAGUCGACGUCUCGCCGCCAGCCACAACACACACAGAGAGCAUGGCCCGCUUCGUCGCCUUCAUGCUAGCCGCGCUGCUGCCAGCCAUGGCGGCAGCCACAGUAGUCAAGCACUGCGGUACAGAAUCGCCGUACGAAGAUGUGAACGAGGUUUUGAUAUCUGGAUGCCAGCAGGGGACCUGCAAACUCAAGAAGAAGACCGAAGUGGGCCUCGAGUUCAAGUUUACUCCCAGUGAGGACAUCAAGCAGCUGAAGAACAGGGUGUACGCCGAGCUGCUGACUCUGCCCUUCCCGUUCGCCGGCGUGGACGGCACCAGCGCGUGCGACCAGGUGUUCGACGCCAGCGGCCAGAAGGCGGGCUGCCCGCUUAAGGCCGGCCAGGAGUACGUCUACAAGAACAAGCUCAAGGUGCUCGACAUCUACCCCAAGAUCCGUGUGCUUGUGCACUGGGAGCUGCAGGACCAGAAUCAGAAGACACUCAAGUGCUUCGAGGUCCCUGCCAGGAUCACUUCAUGAGUGGCACUUCCCAGACGAUGUGUGCACUCAAUCCUCCACACUGAAAUUGUUUACUCGUGGUUGUGUUAGUGUUAGCUCUAUAUGUGUCCUUUCUUAAUAAAAUUAUUUAAUUGAAAGAA